CUGGGGCUCAGCAGGGAGAACCAGCCAAGCAGAAAGCAGAGCAGGAGGAGCUGUCCUCGGUGUCUCCCGGAGCUCCACGACCUGGCCAUGGGAGUCCCCAGGGCCACCCUGCUCGGCCUCUUUGGGGCUGUGCUCUGCCUGACAGGUACCCAGACUUCUGAGUCCAAUGCAUCCCAAGCCCUGCAAUGCCACAGCUUUCAACACAUCUACUUCGGGCCCUUUGACCUCAGUGGCAGGAAAUUCCUCAAUGUCUCCUGUCUCCACGGAUGCUCUGAGGCGGUCCUGUCCCUGGACACUGGGUAUCGCGCCUCAGUGACCCUGGUACACAAGGGCUGCUGGACAGGCCCGUCCACGGGCCAGAUGCAGUCCAACCACCACGCGCUGCCGCCCGACUACUCGGUGGUGCGCGGCUGCGCGACCGACUUGUGCAACUCCGACUUGCUGAACCAUGACGCCAUCCCCAACCUGAGCCCAGCACCCAACCCGCCGACGCUCAGCGGCACCGAGUGCUAUGCCUGCGUGGGGAUCCACCCGGCGGACUGCACUCCGGAAAAGUCCCGACGGGUCCAGUGUCACCAGGACCAAAGCGUCUGCUUCCAGGGCAAUGGCCAAAUGACCGUUGGCAAUCUCUCAGUGCCUGUGUACAUCAGAACCUGCCACCGGCCCUCCUGCACCGUCAUGGGCACCACCAGCCCCUGGACCAACAUUGACCUCCAGGGCUCCUGCUGCGAGGGCAGCCUCUGCAACACGGACUCCGUGACCCAGUCCUUCACCUCCACGUCGGCCAACGCCUGUCCCCGGGCGCUCCACGUCACGGCCCUGCUCCUCAUGGUCCCCCUACUGGUCGGCACUCUGGGAGGCCCCCUCGGGCUCUCCUCAUAGAUGCCCCUCCAGCCUCUUCCUGGGCAGGGGUGCUGCGGACAGGGUCCCUGUAAACCCUUCUCGCAGCUUCAGACCUUAGAACCCGGCUCCCUGGAAAAUGAUGUCAAAGAGAAGUUUCCCUCUCAUCUCUCUCCUUCCUGCUUCCCUACCACCGCCCCACCCUUCCCUGGUCAACAGACCUGGGAAAAAUUGGGCAAGGUCCCCAGCAUCCCAGGGUGGGGGAGACAGCCACCUCCUGCCCCGCAUGCAGAGCAAUCCUGAUAAGAGAUAUCACUGACUGAGCCCCCACCAGGCCCCGGCCCCCCACGACCUGGUUUCCUGCGCUCUCCCUCUGGGGCCUGGGACCGGCUCCCCCAGGGAGCUGCGAUGAUGUCUUUAUUCGGAUCGUCAUGAGAACCUCGAGAGGCAGUAUGUCCCAGGAGUUACGAGCCCAGACUCUGGAGGCAGGCUGCAUGAGUUCGAAUCCCAGCUCUACCAUUUAGCCUACGGGUGACCUUGGGCAAGUUACUUCACCUCUCUGUGACUGUGUUUCCUCACCUGGGAGGUGGAGGUGAAAAUAAAACCUACAAUAAUGACAA